UGUUUGGCUCACGCACAUCAGAAAAAAUUUACAUCAACCUCAAGACUCAGAAUGCUUGUAUUCUUAACCUGAACGCCACACAUGAAGUCGGAUGUAGAUCUAGCAGAGGAGGAAACGUGGGAGUGAUACACUAUAUUGAGUCACAAGAUGACUACGAGUGGGUGCUCAUGGAAGGACCCCAUGCUCCUUAUGUUGCCGUUAUGAAGUCAGUAGACUUCAAUCUGAGCAGCCUGGAGCGCCUCCACAACUCCCCUCGCGUCACUGGGAUCCUCAUUAUACGCCCGACAAACAUGUCAGACGAUUCCUCCUACCCCCAGCUUGGCUACUCCAGUGUGGACACUUGUCCCAACGACAGGUAUGGAAUGUACAGCAAAUCAUCUUAUGGACGAUGUCGGAAGGCGCUCUGGAACCGCAGCGGCACCUCAGCUCGCUUUCAUGACCUGAACAUGCCGGUGUUUGAGCUGUCAGAACAGGAAGACGUGGACGCCGUGCUACACAAGUGUUUUUAUGCAUUUAACGCCAAAUCCACGUCGUACCCGGCUUGUGCUGCCGAACUGGUGACCAGAAUGGACGCAGCCGUGGACGCGGUGACGUGCAUACGCCGGUCGCAUCGAACUCAGAUUGGCCUGAUGGAGCCUCAGACAUUCUGUGACCCGCUGGGCGACAGCAACGUCGUGGCCACCAUGAAAGCGGUUCCGGCCAACGAGACGCGUUACCACAGGUCAGUGGUGAUGGCGGUAACUAGGCUGGAUGCCACUUCCAUCUUCCAAAACACCGAGAACGCCGCCGACACCGCGGUGACUGGCAUUGUGACGCUACUGGCUACAGCCGAGGCCCUGUGGAAGGCCCGAGAUGUCAUCAAGAACAACAGCAUGGCCAAAGACAUCAUGUUCGUCUUCUUCCAGGGA